AUGAGAACCUGGAACAACACAGAGGUAACCGACUUCAUCCUUAUGGGGCUGACAGAUUCUGAAGAGAUGCAGCUGGCAUUAUCUCUGGUGUUUCUCCUGAUUUACAUGAUUACUGUGUUGGGAAAUGUAGGCAUGAUCAUGAUAAUUUGUCUGGAUCUCCAGCUUCACACCCCUAUGUAUUUUUUUCUCAUUCAACUUUCAUUCAUUGACCUCAAUUUCUCAAGUGUCAUCACACCUAAAACUUUACUGAACUUACUGACUUCCACCAAGAGUAUCACAUUCCUGGGCUGUUUCAUACAGAUGUAUUUUCUUGCCUUCUUUGCUAGUUCUGAAAUUUGUCUCCUCUCUGCAAUGGCCUAUGAUCGCUAUGUGGCCAUCUGCAAUCCUCUACAGUAUCCUGUUAUAAUGUCCUCAAGAUGCUGCUGGGCCCUCAUUGCUGGCACUUACAUGAUUGGCUUUGUGGAUUGUUCUUUCAUUGUGCUCUCUAUAGUCAGAUUGCCUUUCUGUAAUUCUAAUGUAAUUCUACAUUUUUUCUGUGAUGUAUUUCCAAUUUUAGCUCUGUCAUGCAAUGAUACAUAUGCCACUGAAUUUGCAGUAUACAUUUGUGGUAGUUCUACCCUGCUACUGUCCCUUACCACAAUGUCCUGGUCCUAUGUGUCCAUUCUCUCGACUAUUCUGAAAAUUAAGUCCACUUCAGGAAAGCAGAAAGCCUUCUCCACCUGUGCCUCCCAUCUCCUUGGUGUCACCAUUUUCUAUGGCACCAUCAUUUUUACUUAUUUAAAACCCAAGAAGUCCUACUCCCUGGGCAAAGAUCAAGUAGCUUCUGUGUUUUACACGAUUGUGAUCCCCAUGCUCAACCCACUCAUUUAUAGUCUUAGAAACAAGGAAGUGAAAAAUGCCUUCUUUCGAGUUGUCCAGAAGAGAGCAGCAUUCUGGCAACUAUGA